AUGGUAAUACAUGCCUGCAUGGAGAUCUGCGGCAGGACCCUGUCCUGCGGAAAGCACACCUGCGAGGAUCCUUGCCAUUGCGGUCCCUGUGGCAGCUGUUGGCGUGGUGUCAUCUACGAUGAGGUCCACUGCUACUGUGGCUACACCGUUCUUUCACCGCCACAGCCCUGCGGCACUAAACCACCCGAAUGUGACCAACCCUGC